AUGGCGAACGAUACCCUAGAAGGCUCGACGGAUGUCUCUCGCGCCGACUCGGCCAGCGUGAGAAAGGCCGAUCUGGGCCCCGAGGGAACGAGGCUCUCUACACCCAGCAACAACAACAACAACAACAACGAGGUGCCCAUCGAGUCCACUGCAGAGAAACAACAUGCCGUGGAGGACGCAGGAGAGGUGGCAGCAGAGGAUGAUGAAGAAGCAUACCCCGCAAAAUGGCGACUUGCAUUAAUUACCAUUGCGCUGUGCCUGUCUGUGUUUUGCAUGGCUCUGGAUAACACGAUCAUUGCAACGGCCAUUCCACGAAUCACCGAUCAGUUCCAUGCUGUUGACGAUGUCGGUUGGUACGGUGCCGCUUAUCUGCUAACCACCUGUUCUCUGCAACUCGUCUUCGGAAAGCUGUACACAUUUUACUCGAUCAAGUGGACCUAUUUGGCUGCCCUCUUCGUGUUCGAAGUCGGCUCCUUCGUCUGCGGCAUUACCCCCAACUCAACUGGUUUGAUCUUGGGCAGAGCCGUCGCUGGCAUGGGUGCCGCGGGUGUCUUCUCUGGCGCCCUUUUGAUUAUCUCACGAACCGUUCCUUUGCACCAGCGCCCAGCGUACAUGGGCCUAAUUGGUGGCAUGUACGGUAUUGCCUCCGUUGCUGGACCUCUCAUGGGUGGCGCCUUUACCGACCACGUCAGCUGGCGCUGGUGCUUUUAUAUCAAUUUGCCCUUUGGCGCUGUCACCGCAAUCUUCAUCAUCAUCUUCUUCCAGCUUCCUAACAAGAAAAACCUAAGCUCGUCUUUGACAUUUUGGGAGCAGCUAAAAAUGAUGGAUCUCGAAGGAACCGGCUUGUUCAUCCCAGGAGUUAUUUGCCUCUUGCUUGCACUUCAGUGGGGUGGUACUACCUACGCCUGGAGCAAUGGCCGUAUCAUUGCCUUGUUUGUCCUCUUCGCUGUUUUGAUCAUUGGCUUUAUCGCCGUUCAAAUUUGGAAGCAAGAGCGUGCUACCGUCCCCCCGCGAAUUUUCAAGAAUCGAAAUGUCUGGGGCUCUGCCCUUUUUGCUGCAGCUCUGGGAGCUGCCUUCUUUGUGAUGGUUUAUUACAUCCCCAUUUGGUUCCAGGCGAUCAAAGGUGUCUCGGCUGUCAAGUCGGGUAUUAUGAAUCUGCCAAUGAUUCUCGGUCUCGUCAUCAUCUCCAUGUCGGCUGGUGGUCUCGUCACCGUAAUCGGCUACUACACCCCCUUCAUGAUUGCGUCGUCUGUGUUGGCUAGUAUUGGUGCCGGUCUUUUGACCACUUUCGAGGUGGACACUGGCCACGCAAAGUGGAUCGGAUAUCAAUUCAUGUUCGGCGCCGGAAUUGGGUUCGGUAUGCAACAGACCAUGGUCGCUGUUCAGGCCUGUCUGGAAGGCCCCGACGUUGCCAUUGGCACGGCCAUCAUCGUGUUUUCACAGACCCUUGGUGGCGCGCUUUUCAUUGCCGUAGCACAGAACAUAUUCACAAACCAGUUGGUCUCCAACGUCGCGGCAGCCAAUAUUGAAGGCUUGAACCCAGCCGCGGUCUUGGCUACAGGUGCCACGGAAUUGAAAAACGUUUUCCCCGAAAAGUUUUUGCCCGCUGUUCUGUCUGCAUACAACGGCGCACUCACGCAAGCAUUCUACGUUUCUGCUGGAACGGCUUGUAUCACCAUUAUUGGUGCCUUGUGCAUCGAGUGGAAGUCAGUCAAAGGCAAAAAGAUCGAGAUGGCGCCUGCGUGA